CUCCCCAUUUUUAAAAAUCUAAAUAUACUAAAAACUUUUUAAACGUUUGAAUAAUGUUAAAUAAGUGUUUAUCUCCGUUUUUAGUUACUCUAUUUUGCUUAAUUUACGUUCCAUCAAUGUCAAAUCCAUGUUUAUAACAUGAAUAUAUUAUGAUUCUUAGAGCUUAAUGUGUUUUAUAUGUGUUAUUAUGAGCUUAUGUGCUUUAUAUUCUUUAGUCAAAGCAAAGAUCAAACAGAAAACCUGGAAUUAUCCUAUAAAAUUCCUAUAAGCGACGUUCCUGAUCUUCUAAGAGGUAUUGGGUAUUUUCCUGCAGAAUAUGAGAUAAAGGACAUUAUUCAAGAGAUGAAAUUGGAUAACAAAGGUGGAAAUGAUGAGAUAUGUUUUGAUGAUGUGGUCAAAUUAUAUAUUAACCAUAGGCCCGUCUGCGAUACUAUAGUGGAAGAUCUAAUGUGGUCCUUUGAUGUGUUUACCAGAGAUAAGGGAGGUUUCAUGUCUAGUGAACAAUUUGUUAGAAUUUUGUUAGAGAAAGGAGAAAGUUUGAACGAAAGGGAACUUUUCACAGCUCUUCGCAUAAACAAAGAAGUUGGAGCAGUCGAAGAUGACGAUUCUGAUGAAUUAGAAUACAUUACUGAAUCACAAAUAAAAAUAAAAUUUCAAAAUUUCGUUGAUAAACUUCCAUUGGAAUUAACAGUAGAGUUAUUUUUGGAAGAGAUCUAUGGCUAUGUAGCUGUCGCGAUUGAUGGUGAUUUGGAUGAAGAUGCUGGAAAGAUGAAUCCUAAGAAUUUAUCUUAGCGCCAUCUGUUAUCAAUUUCUAUAAACAAAAAAUGUUAAAUAUAAAAUUAUUCGCUUUUAUAUGCAUUAUUUUUCAUUAAAAUUUGUUAUAUUUAUUAUUAUUUUAAUAGCCAAA